AUGUCCAGCAGCGCCAGCCCACCUACUCACCUGAUGCAAGUUGAACCUGCAGCCUCUGAAGCAGAGAGGGUUAUCAUUAACGUUGGUGGUGUGCGACAUGAAACUUACAAGAGCACCCUCAUGUCCAUCCCUGGCACACGCCUGGCCAACCUCGUCUCUGACGCCAGUGCUGACCCACUGAAACACCCGACCUCUGAGUUUUUCUUCAACCGGGACCCGGGAGCGUUCGCCCCCAUCUUAAACUACUGCCGCACUGGGAAACUGCACUGCCCGGUAGGUGUAUGCGGUCAGUCGUUUGAAGAGGAGCUUGCCUUCUGGGGAGUCAGUGAAACAGACGUGGAGCCAUGUUGCUGGACGAACUUCCGACAGCAUCGGGAUGCAGAGGAGGCACUGGCUCAGUUCGAACCGGAUGAGGGACCCCCAGACUACAGCACCCUGGUGGGGGGGCCAGGGAGGAUGCAGACAUGCACAGUUCGGAUGUCAAAGAUGUGGGCCCUCUUUGAUGAUCCCCAUUCUUCUGUGGCAGCUAUGCUCAUCGGCAUCCUCUCCUUAGUCUUCAUCCUGAUGUCCACAGUUGCUUUCUGCCUUGGGACACAUCCAGAGUUCCCAGAAGUAUUGGGGCCAAUGUUCUUAAACGUUGAAUAUGAAUACAAUGAUGGAGAGUAUGAGGUCCGCGAUUAUCAAACAAAUGCUGUAAUGAUAGUGGAGAUCGUUUGCAACAUCUGGUUCACCAUUGAGUUCUUGAUUCGCAUCAUCAGCUGCCCGGACAAGCUUAAGUUUGUCCGGAGCGCCCUGAACAUCAUUGACUUUGUGGCCAUCCUGCCCUUCUUCGUGGAAGUGAGUCGGCGAGGGCUGAUGUCUGAGUUCACAGCGUUUAUCCUGGGAUGUCUUCGUGCAGCUCGCUGCGUCCGACUCGUGCGGAUAUUCAAGAUGGCGACGUGCGUGACGGGCAUCCGGGCGCUGGGGCAUGCGCUGCGGGCCAGCGUCUGCGACCUCUGCCUCCUGGGCAUUGCCCUGUCUGUGGCCCUCCUCGUGUUCUCCAUCCCGAUCUACUAUGCCGAGCGCGCCGUCAACUCGGGCGUCACCAGCGUACCCAGGGCUCUCUGGUGGGCGGUGGUCACCAUGACGACCGUGGGUUACGGAGACAUUACUCCGGUCACGUUGCUUGGUAAGGUGAUCGCCGGUCUGUGCGCCGUGACAGGAGUCUUCUUCAUCACCAUGCCCGUUCCUAUCCUCGUCAACAAGUUUGCCAAGUACUACGCUCUGACAGAGGCCAAGCAGAGACGACGGGUGAAGAAGAGGAGGAGGGGUGAUGGGCGGUCCGAGGGGGCCAGCGCCCCCGUCUGGAGGGGCGUGGAGAACCGGGCCAAGAGCAGCAGUGCAGGUUGGUGGGUGUUGAACUACCAAACAAUUUUCAGGAACUGCGAGAGUUAUUUUCAACACAUCUGA